AUGGAUCAAGCGGAGCGAGAGCAGUCGCAACCACAGCCUCGGCCAGAGGAGCCUGUCACCUCAAUCGAGGAGGAUGGCGCCAUGACCGAAGACAAAUGGAAGGCCAUGAUGGAUGUCACAAUGGCGAUAUAUGAUUUUCGCGAGCCGGAUGGCCACGAUCCGUCGCGACUUUUCCACCGCAGUGUCAACAAACGCCUUGUUCCGGACUACCAGGACAUUAUCAAAGAGCCAAUAGCUCUUAGUAUCCUGAAGCAGAGAAUCAAUAAGCGUGAAUAUAAGCAGUUCUCGGAUUUUGUGCGCGAUUGCGCUUUGAUCUCCCACAACGCGCAAACGUACAACAGACCCAAGUCGCAAGCCUAUGAGGAUGCUCUUGUGAUAAAGGAGGUUUUUCAUGACCAAUUCAAAAAGCUUGUAGCUAAUGGUGUGAUAUCUGCCGAGGAAGCCAAGUAUCCGGACUUGGGAGAGAUUCCUGAGGCAGAUCCUUUGCCCGACGACGACGAGGAAGAGGAGGAAGAGGAGGAAGACGAUGAAGAUGAUUCCGAAGAUGAGGGGCGCCGCAGAAAGAAACCUGGACCGAAGCCUGGCUUCAAACGUGGCACGAAAGACUCCCAGAAACAGGAGCCGGAUUUACGCAAAAAGCGAGGUCGACCGCCUCGUGUGGAUACCCCGAUGGAAACUCGGAUUAAGACCAUUCUGAAGGGAAUUAGGAAGUUCAAGGGCCCCGGUGGCCAUUUAAAGAUCGCUCACUUCGAGCGUCUGCCGGAUAAGGCUGCCUACCCAGAUUACUACAUGGAAAUCAAGGAGCCGAUAGCCAUCGAUAUCAUCAAGCGCAAGGCGAAGCGUAAGAAGUACAACUCCGUCGACCAUUUCAUGCGGGACCUCGAUCUUAUGUUUGACAACGCCAAGGCCUACAACCAAUCGGAAAGUCAAAUCUACCGAGACGCUGCUGAUCUGCAAGGCGAUGCUCGAAAAUUGGCCGAGCAGGAGAAGAAGAAACCCGACAGCGAGUACUUGAUGGAAGAUGGUCGAUUCCCAUUGCCAAAUGGUAUCUUACAUCGAGGCGAACUUUGGAAAGUUGGAGACUGGGUCCACAUUCAAAAUCCAAAUGAUGUGACCAAGCCCAUUGUGGCGCAGAUCUAUCGGACAUGGCAAGAUUCUGAGAAUGAACAAUGGAUCAAUGCAUGCUGGUAUUAUCGCCCUGAACAGACGGUUCACCACUUCGAGAAGCAUUUUUACCCUAACGAGGUGGUGAAGACCGGCCAAUAUCGAGACCAUCGCAUCGAUGAGAUCGUUGACCGUUGCUUUGUGAUGUUCUUUACUCGCUACAGUCGAGGACGCCCCCGGGACUUGGCACCUGACAAAGAGAUCUAUGUUUGCGAAGCUCGUUACAAUGAAGAAAAGCACAAGCUUAACAAGAUCAAGACAUGGGCGAGUUGCCUGCCCGAUGAGGUGCGCGAGAAGGACUACGAAAUGGAUCUUUUUGAUGUGCCUCGAAAGAUCAAAAAGGUCCCCAGUCCAAUUAAGCAUCUAUUGAAGGACGAUGCCAAGGAAACGGAUGAUCUUCCCCGGCCAACUUGGGGAGCAGAUAAUGCACCUCCUGUCGUGGGUGCUGUUCACCGUCGCCCUCGUGAUGAGAAUGAAUCCCCACCGCCGGAGCCAACUCCGUCUCCGCCUCCUACUCUGCCACCAUCCGCCAUGGCAUCGGCUACUCCCCGUCAAUCCAUGAACCAACCUCUUUUGGGUGCUAAUAUGGUGAACUCGGGCAAUGCAGUAGCGGCUCCACUCCAGACACCUAUACCUGCGCCUCCUGCGGCCCAGACAUCACCAGCACCUAUGCCCCAAGCGACAUUCCAGCCUCCAAUGAACCCGCAAAUGUACCAAGGUCCUAACCAACGUCGACCAAGUAACUUCGUGCCGCAAACACCAACUAGUGUCUAUCAAGCAACACCGGCAUCGCAUCAAUAUUCGGCAGCACAGCCAACGCCAUAUGCAGCCCCCUACUCCACCAACCGUCCCCAUGCUGCGGCGCCUGUGUACAACCCCAAUGCCCCCCGUGCUGUGGAGGUAUUCCAUCUUAGCGACGCGGCCAAUGCAGCGAUCCCCGCCGAUAUUCGCCAGCAGUUUCAUUGUGACGAGAGGGGCCGUGUCUUGUUCUUCUCGGCCCCACCUCUGGAUAUCAUUGUACCGGCUCAGCCGGAGUUGGCCCACUCUCUCAAAUACCUUGCUCGUAAAGAAGAGCGCCAGAAGCACGUCACCGAAAGAAAGCGCAAGCGUGAAGAAGAAGAAAAGCAACGAGCGAAUGAAGAAAAGCGACAGCGUGCCAGUGAAGAGACUGCCCUUGAAGCUCGGAUCGAGGCUUUGGCCCCGAGAGCCAUUGAAUGCAUGGUAAAACAAAUCGUCACCGGUACUGAUGAGCUGUACAAGAUUUUCCAUCACGACCAAGCCGACAGUGUCCGGGCUGCAGACUUGAAAUCUCGAGAAAGUAGAAUUUUAGCCGAUCGCCUGGCUCGUCAACAGACGAACCGAAUCCUAACGCAGUCCAACAAGGAUUGA